CAUUCUCCAGUGACACCGAGGCACGUUGUGCUGAACGCAACAACACCGGACAGAAAGAUAUAUUGUAUUUCAAGAAUGUUGGCUUGUAAAUUGAGUCUGCGCCGCUGAGCACGUCUGUUGAACUAACUCGUUCAGUCGAACCUGGAACACUGGAGCAGAGAGCAUGACAGAGGAGCGGCUGCUGUUUAUCGGUAACAUCUCAACAGAACCCACAACAUACACACAUGCAUCUAUUGAACCAAAGUCAAACCGCUCUGGUCCCGUCUCCGAGGACCGAGCGGAGACGCUCAGUGACAACACCUUCAGGUUUAACUUCCUCGCUGACGACGCUCCAGCCCUCCAGGAGGAGACGUUUCCUCCUUCAGUCGCUGGGACCGACCCGGGAGCAGCCUGGACAUCCAGCACAGGACAGGGCUCUGCUUUUACUUUCCACUUUGACAUUCCUCCAGUUGAAGACAUGGAGACGACAGAGACCCGAGACAUUUGCUCUCCGAUCAGCCGACUCUGUGUCCCAGAGGAAACGCCUGCCCGACACCAGGAGAUUAACUCUCCAGCUGAGCCGUCACCGCAAUCAAAAGCAAAGAAGAAGAAGAAGAAAUCUGGAAAGAAAAACCUCUCGGAUAGCGCUGAGGCACAGCAGACGCCGAGUUCAGCCGAGGGGAGUCAAGGCGGCGAGGACCCCGAGCUGAGUGCAGAGGAGCAGCUGAACCGACAGCUGGACUGGUGCAUCGAGCAGCUGGAAUCGGGAAUGGGGUCCCAGAGGGCGACACCAAAACAGAAGGAGGAAGCCUCUCGCUCCCUGAAGACUCUACGGAGCGCAAAAGCUCCACUGGCCAAGAAGAGGCAGGUGAUGAGAGCCAUGACCGGAGAUUACAGGAAAAAAAUGGAUGAGGAGAAGAGCAAGCAGUACAAACUAAUUCAAAAUGAAAUGGCAUCAGCUAAGGUCAAAGUGGUUUCAAAUUCUCCAAAGAAGUCAUCUUUCCACCGGAGAGCUGAGGCCAAGAAGCAGACUCCAUCCACCGAGGAGGACCUGGAUGCUGCCCACCUGGAUGCUGCCCACCUGCAUGCUGCCCACCUGGAUGCUGCCCACCUGGAUGCUGCCCACCUGCAUGCUGCCCACCUGGAUGCUGCCCACCUGGAUGCUGCCCACCUGGAUGCUGCCCACCUGCAUGCUGCCCACCUGGAUGCUGCCCACCUGGAUGCUGCCCACCUGCAUGCUGCCCACCUGCAUGCUGCCCACCUGGAUGCUGCCCACCUGCAUGCUGCCCACCUGGAUGCUGCCCACCUGGAUGCUGCCCACCUGGAUGCUGCCCACCUGCAUGCUGCCCACCUGGAUGCUGCCCACCUGGAUGCUGCCCACCUGGAUGCUGCCCACCUGGAUGCUGCCCACCUGCAUGCUGCCCACCUGGAUGCUGCCCACCUGGAUGCUGCCCACCUGCAUGCUGCCCACCUGCAUGCUGCCCACCUGGAUGCUGCCCACCUGGAUGCUGCCCACCUGGAUGCUGCCCACCUGCAUGCUGCCCACCUGGAUGCUGCCCACCUGCAUGCUGCCCCGGGCACACACCUGGAAAUACAGACGCAGGAAGAGACGCCAGCCUUCGUCUUUACCUCAUCAAAGGAGGAGUUUCACUUCAAUUUUCUCUGAUUUGAACCCCCUAGACACAUUUCCCCAAACAAAAUGUCGGCCUGUGCCAGUCGGCUGCAUUGGAGGUCAUGGAGAAUAACAUUCACACAUUUAACUCUUCAAUGGCUUCCUGCUUGUAUUAAAUAUCUUAAUAAAGGAUUUUUUAUUUGG